CUAAAAUAAAAUUAUGUAUAAUACGAAUUUAACUGACGCUACAACUAAACGGCGGGACACAAGAGUAAAGGAGUACUGUAAGUUUCCAUCAACUAGUUUAACAUGUGCGGUGAUUUUAAAGAAAGUUUGUUGGUAAGCCAU